AAAAGGAUGAGAUAAUGGGAAGCAAGUAGAGAGAGAUAGAAGAAAGAGAGAUGGAUAGAAAUAGAGAAGCUAGAAGAGUACCCAUGGCGGCUGCCGGAAACGGCUUGUCACGGCGGAGGCAUAGACCCGGAGGCUUCAGAGAUUCUCCAGAGGAGGAAGGUCCGGUGGAGUUACCGGAGGCGGCGAGGCUGAGAGAUCGUACGAAGAAGGAACGAGAUCGGGAACGUGAUAGAGAACGGGAACACAGGGAGAGAGAUCGGUUACAUAGCCGGAGCAAAAGGAGAAGAGGCGAACGUUUGAUAAUGGUUCACGACGGUGGCGACGAAAGCUCGGAAGAGAGUGUCAACGACGAUGAAGAAUAUGACGACGUGAAGACGAUUCCUCCGGCGAAUAAUAUCUUCUCUUCCCCUCUUUCAAAUCACCACCACCAGAGGAAGAACUUUCCGCCGCCGUCAAAAAAUUUCAGAUCGCCUCCUUCUCCGGCGCUGCCGGUGCCGUCGUGGAAGGCGGCGGCGGAUGAGAUGAUCGGCGUAGCAGUUCCUAGAAAAGCACGGUCAGCUUGUACAAAGAGACCUCAUGAAUCACGGACGUCAAAUGCUACCGGCGAGCGGUCUCCAGCUCGAGUUUUAGCGUCUCCGUCACCUCCAUCUCCUUCUUCAUCCAACGUUUCGGCUAGGAAAAAGCCGUUGGGGACAAAACAGAAGCCUCUUCCUCAGAAGGUAUCAUCUCCCGUGGCUGUUCAAGAUGAGAUAGAGAUUGAAAUCGCGGAGGUGUUGUACGGGAUGAUGAGGAUGCCAACAUCAUCAAAACAAGAAGAGAAAACAACUGUAGAUAUCAAAGCCAAAGUAUCUUCACCAAUCUCCAUCACACUAGCUGCAAAUUCGAGCUCGACUAAUGUCUCUGCCAUUGCUCCUAAGAGAAAGAAGCAGAGGCAUGUCAAAUACGAAGAGGACGAGAACAGUUCAGGUUUACCAUCACGCGUCACUAAAUUGGAAGCCGAAGCUCCAUUGAGAAGUCAAGUUCCGUUAGGUGGUGAGCUAAAGAGAUCAGGAUCCGCUGAAGAUAACAGCUCAGUUUUGGAUUCGACUAGAGAAAGCACCGCAGGGUUAGAUUCGAGAUCUGCCGAGAAGAUAGCAAAUAAAGAGGAUACGGUAUUGCCGAAAGUGGAAUCUUCUCCAGGAGUUAGAUCCGAUGGUGAUGGAACUAAACCAAGCUCGCCGGAGAUGGACAAGUUUGAGAUAGAUCUGAUGGCGCCACCGCCGGGAAGGUCUUCUUCAUCGGAGAGAGUCGGUGAGAUGGAAUGUGUGGCAGCAGAAGCGGAACCUAAAGCCACGGGAGUGGAAAUGAAACCUAAGCCUCUGCUAAAGGAAGAUGGAGGUAGUGCUGCGAUUGUUGAGUCUGAGGAGAAGAAAAAACCUAGGACGGUGGAUGAAGCCGAACCUCAUACGUCAGAGAGGAGUUGUGAACUUAAACUCGACUUGGAUAAAUCUGGUCAUGCGGGUGUAAUGAACAAUCAACAUGUUCAGAAACAGCCACCACCGCAACAACAACAACAUUUUGUCCCGGAUAAAAUUGCUCAAGCUAACUCUUUGCCUCUACAUAUGUCAAUGCCUGGCUGGCCUGGAGGUCUUCCAACAAUGGGAUACAUGCCGUCUACACAAGGAGUUGUCCCUACAGAUACUAGUUCCUUAUCAUCGGCGGCAAUGCAGCCUCCUCCUCAUUUACUUUUUAACCAACCGAGGCCUAAGAGAUGUGCAACACACUGCUACAUCGCCCGAAAUAUUCAGUCACAUCAGCAAUUCACCAAGAUGAAUCCUUUCUGGCCUGCAGCAAUUGGCUCAGCUCCAUUGUAUGGGACCAGGGACUGCAAUCUCAGUCUCAUGCCUCCCACAGAACUGCAGGGGACUGUUUUAGGAAGAAGUUCCAAUCAAAUUCAAGAUGAAAACUCUAAAUCUACUUCCAAAAGCUCAGAUACAGCUCAGAGAAAACAAAUAUUGCUCCAACAAGCUCUGCCUCCCGGAGCAGCAGCUAAUAACAUCAUGCAUGGUCCUACAUUUAUUUUCCCGAUGGGCCAACAGCCUACAAUGGCUGCAGCAUCUGUCAGACCUCCUAAUAGUGGCAACACAGCUUCUUCUGGUGCGACAGCUAUUGCAAACUCAAUGAACGGUUCUGCAUCAGCUACUCCAGCUGGUGCUCCAACAAUGACCUUCAGUUAUCCAGGCAUGCCGGGCAAUGAAACCCAAUACCUGGCCAUCAUGCAGAACAAUGGCUAUCCGUUUCAAGUCCCAGCACAUGUUGGUGCACCACCUGCUUAUAGAGGAGCUCCCGGGCAGCCAAUACCAUUUUUCAAUGGUUCGUUCUAUUCCUCCCAAAUGAUCCAGUCUCCAUUUUCCCAGCCACAGAAGCAGCAACAGCAAUCUGGUCAAAUACUCCAGAGCCAUGCUCCGAACAACCAGAAUGGAAGUGUCUCCUUGGGUUCCUCAGCAGCACAAAAGCAUCUGCAGAACCAUCAGCUGAGACCACACGGGAACUCCGACGGAUAUCCAACUCAUAAGGUCCAAUCUCAGGUUUUGACUUUUCAGCAGAGGCAGCAACCAAGAGAGAAUGCGACUCAACAUAGCGACACUGUAGGAGAAAAUAGCCCAUCAGCCGCUGAUAGCCGGGGUUCUCGUUCCAACGUUGCCUAUGGCCAAAACUAUGGUAUGCAGAUGCAACCAACGAACUUGGGUUUGAUGAGUUCAGCAGCCCCAGGUGGUGGAGUGGUAGUAUCGUCCAGCAAUCAUGGCGAAAAGAAAUCGCAACAGCAGGUUUCAAAGGCUGGUGCGGAAUCGUUUCAGUCCCAGGGUUAUGAUAUGACCUUUGCUACAUUCAAUGGAGUGUCAUCAAUUGCUCAGAAUGGCGCUACGUUCCAGAGCCUACCAGAAGCAGCAAGGCAAGGUUAUCAAAUGAUGGCUGCGAAUGUUGCAGCCCAGCAGAAAAUGAACUACAGUGCUCCUUCAGAAGGAAAAUCCGGCUCUAAUGCUACUGCUAAGACGAUGGAAGAACAAAGAAAAACAGAAGGAGCAUCAGGGAAAGCGAGUGGUGUGAAUGGUGGACAGUCGAUUGCUUUCUCUAGCAAACACGAUUUGGGUGAUGCAUCUGUAUCUGCUGUUACGAGUGGUAGCAUCGUCGACACGUCCCGUUUGCUCAACCUAGGUUCUGCUCAGCAACAGAGUACCAGUUCUAUGCCUCAUCAUAAUCUGCAACAGAAGAUGAAGCAGCAUAUGCAACAGCAGAAUCACCACCUGCAGCAGCAUAUGCAACAGCAGAAUCAGCACCUUCAGCAGCAUAUGCAACGGAGUCAAUCUCAGCAACCUUAUACCAUGUAUCUCCAGAAGCAGCAACAGUAUGCAACUUCAGUCGCUGCUUCUGCUGCUAAAAACAAAGGGCCUGUGGUGAGUAAUGGUACUGGUGUCGCUGAUCACAGUAUCAGCAUAUCCCCAGUGGGAACCGCUAAGUUCCCAAAUGCCAAUUCAGGGUUUCCUCAAAACCUUGUCGAGUCUCCUCAGUGGAAAAGCAAUUCACCCAGGACAACAAACACUUCCCAGGCUCAGUCUCCUUCCAUACUUUCGCCAUCAUCAUCUGUUGCUGCUUCGUCAUCCCCAAGAAACGUAUCGCAUAAACAGCAAAGCCGCCCCCAGCAGUCGCAGAUAUCUUUUGCAGCAAACUCAAAGCCUACAGCAACUGGUUCACCAAUGCAGCAGGUGCAAGGAGGUACCAACAAUCAGGCUCCGUCUUCUCCAAUGUUAGUUGGGUCACCCUCUACGUCUUCGGUCUCCAAAACCACCGGCGGGAGUCCAAGAACGUCUUCCUCAGCGGUGAAUAAAGCUGGACAAGCUUCCUCUACUACUCACUCGUCAUCUCAGCCGUCCAAGAACUUGCAGCCUGCAUCCGUGGCUUCUUCUGCCGCCGUUGGAAGGAAUAACGGUCCUUCAGUUCUCGGAAACCAAACCACGAGCUCUGGAUCCAAGUCUCAACAACAACAGCAACAGUUGCCAAAGCAUGGGUUGCAGCAGCAAGCGCAGCUUUUCUUUUCCAAUCCUUAUAUGCAAUCUCAACGUCAACAGCAGCAGAUCACUAUGUCUUCUUCUGGUGGUUAUUACAUUCAAAGACAUCAGCAACAACCGGGUUCUGCAGCGUGUCCUCCAGUUGUUAGCACCACGGGAUCCGUUACGGCCACUUCAGAUCCAGCGAAAGUCAUGGUUGCAGCAGGCAAUAACAUAAAAGGAGGAGGGAAGACGCAGCAACAUCAGCUGGGGCCUCCGGGGUUCGGGCUACCGUAUGUUCAUGCGGUUCCCUCUGCAGUUCAAGUUAAACCUGUAGAUCAGAAGCAACAAUCGGGUGAGUGAAAAAGACCCCUAAAAACCAUUUAUUAACUCAAAAGAAGAAGCUCUGAAUGGUUUUGAGAAGUUCGGGUGUAUAGCUUGUGCUGGCGAGACGGAAGAGAAGAAACAGACGGAACAGAUCACUCUCUAGGGAUAGACUAGUGUUGAUAUUUUCCUGACAGGCGUUUCGAUUCCUAGAAAGAAAGAAAAGAUUUAUUCAUUCUUCUUGUGGAGGUUUGAGUGGUGUUGGUGAUGAUUUUAGUUAGUAAAAAGAAAAGAACAAGAGCUAACGAACGUUGUACUGAUGUGUUAUUGAUUGGCCUGUUUCGUCGGAUCAUCAGUUAGUUGAUUAUGUAGUUAGUUAUUUACUUUAGUUGAUUUUGUAUUUAUGAAGCAUGAAACCGUGUGAUGAAUUUAUUGAUUGUUGUUA